AUGGCAAUUCAAGAUUCUGAAAGUGAUAAUUCACACAACAACAACAACAAUGGAGGUAAUGUUGAUAACUGUGAUCCGUUUUUCAUUGCUAAUUCAGAUAAUCCUACCUCUUCAUUAGUUGCUGCUGUAUUUACUGGUGUGAAUUUUAUGAGAUGGAGUAGAAAUGUUAAAUGUGCUUUAGUAGAUAAGAACAAAGAAAGAUUUAUCAAUGGUGAGAUAACAAAACCUGCUGUAAAUCACAAAGAUUACAUGAAAUGGAAACGUGCUGAUUUCAUGGUGGUUAGCAGGAUAUUGAGUUCCAUGAAUCAUGAAUUAGCAGAUGAUUUUGGUUAUAUUGAUACUGCUGCUGAUUUGUGGCGUGAACUGAAUGAGAGGUUUGGUCAAUCUAAUGGUCCACUGAUUUACCAAUUGAAGAAAGAAAUUGAAAAUUUAACUCAGCAAAACAUGACUAUUGUUACUUACUAUGGGAAAUUGAAGAAAUUAUGGGAUGAAAUGAAAAAUUUAAGAGCAUUUUCUAGUUGCACAUGUGGUGCUAUGAUGCAGUGUAGCUGUCAGUUUCUGAAGAAGAUUGCUGAGUUUGAAGAAGAAGAUAAAAUGAUGCAGUUUCUACUUGGACUGAAUGGUGGAUUUGACAGUACUAUGACUAAUGUUCUUUCCAUGGAUCCCUUACCUAGCAUCAACAGAGUAUUCUCAAUUACUCAACAAAUUGAGAAACAAAAAGAAUUGAGUGGUGGUAAUGCUGAGUCCAAUGCUAUGACUAGCAGUGCUAUGGCUGCUCAAGCUCACAGAGGGAUACAAUCACAAUUUCAGAAGUAUAAUGCUGGUUCAGGAAAGAAAGACUGGAAAGAAAUAAAAAAGGAGAAGAUGAAUCGAAGCUGCACUCAUUGCAAAGGGAAGGGACAUACUGCUGAUCAGUGCUUCAAGCUCAUUGGCUACCCUGAGUGGUACAACUCUAUCAAAGCUUAUAAGAGUAAUGGCACUACUGGAAACAGACUUGCAGCACAUGUUAAUUACACUGCUGACAUUGGUGAUGAACCCUUGGGCAACACAGACAAUGAAAAUGGGAUGGUGGACAAUGAAAUGCUGAAUGCUAUUUGCCAAGAAGUUAUGAAAGUGAUGAAGGGCAAACAAGCACAGGGCACUGAGGCAAGUGGAGCUCAUUGUUCUUAUGUCAAUUAUGCAGGUAUAAUUUCCCACUCUUUUAACUGUGCUGUGACUAAGCUGCAUGAUGAAUGUUUAUGGAUAGUUGACUCUGGUGCAUGUGAUCAUAUGACAUAUGAUGACACUAUCUUAACCAACAUCAGAACUCUAACUAAUCCUAUCAAAGUUGGUCUUCCUGAUGGUUCUCAACUAACUGUAGACACCAUAGGAGACACUGCCUUAAGCAAUCAAUUGGUUUUGCAUAAUGUGUUGCUGGUUAAGGAUUUCAAACAUAACCUUUUGUCUGUUGGUAGAUUGAUAGAACAUUCUGGUGUUCAAGUUUUAUUUACUGGAACUAGAUACACUUUCCAGGACCCUGCUAGCCAUGAGUUGCUUGGUGCUGGAAAAAGAACAAAUGGUUUGUACUAUUUUGUUCUGCCCUCUCAUGCUGGUUCUUCCAAAGGUAUUGCCCUCCAACAACAAAGCUGUAAUACAGUAGAACAUGUCCAUGAUACCAAUGUUGUUAUGCUACCACAUAAGACAGCUACUAGUAAUGCUCCUCUUCCUCUCUUGCUUUGUGCUUCUUGCUUCUCCUUCGUGUUUCUUGCCUUCUCCUCACUCGGUUGUUUCAAUUUUCAUACAGCACCACCACCACGCUGCCACCAGCGUCCGCGGCCUUGCCGUCCACCGUUGCACGGUGGAUAA